AUGCGUCAUCAUAAUUUGUUACACGGGUCUAAAUUUGAACGUGUCGUUACUGCGCACAUCGACGUGGAGGACAACGACGGCACCGCCGACGACGACGACGACGACGAGCAAGUGCCAUCGACGUCUGGCGUGACCGCGCCCCCGGCCGGCAGCCUGCCCGACGCGUCCGCUGCAGCUCCACUACCUGACGACUCGGAAUACGAUAUUCUGACGCAUGCGACCUCUUCAUUACCCAAAGUGCCUUCUGAACGGCCGUUGUUAAAAAUAGUUGCCGUCACUGUCUCUGGACCCUCUGGUAGCGUUGACACAUUCGCGUUAUUGGACGAUGGGUCCUCAGGCACGUAUAUUGACUCUGAAAUUACUUCACGAAUUGGCGCGAAAACCUCCGAUAGGGUAAUUCACGUAGAUUGCGUACUUGGUUUAAGCAAGGACGUUAAAGUGCAGUAUGUCAAUUUUAAUAUACAGGGUCGUCAUUCAACCGAAGUUCACUCUAUUAAAAAGGCUAGAUCGACUAAUAGUUUAGGUGCUGCGCGGCAGUGUGCGCAUCAAGAUAGUGUGCGUAAGUACCCUUAUUUAGCUGAUAUAGCCGGUGAAUUUUGCUACGGGGACAUAAAGCCCAUGCUGAUUAUAGGACUUGACAAUUGGCAUUUAUCGUUCGCUAAAGACGUGCGCAAAGGAACCAGGACACAACCUGCAGCUAUUUUAACAGCUCUUGGCUGGGUUUUGUUUGGUUUCGGUUGCAGCAAGACUAAACGGGUUGACGUUGUCAAUCAUAUCGCAGUAAGCGAACUUGACUCCGAUAGCGAUUAUUUUACUGUAGAGCGACUUAUUAGGGAGCAAUUUAAGAUCGAUUCAAUUGGUAUAUCGAAAAAAGAGGCCCGCAACGCUGAUGAUGAGCGUGCCAUACAAGUACUAGAGAGCACAGCUCACCGUCUGCCGGGUGGUCGUUUUGAGGUAGGAUUACUAUGGAAGGCUGAUAAUCUGGACAUUCCUGACAGUUACAAGUUAGCACUGUCCAGAUUCCUCAGCUUAGAAAAGAAAAUGAUUAAAGAUCCUUGCUAUGCUGAACGUUAUCGUCGCAAUAUUCAUGACAUGUUAUCCAAAGAAUACGCUGAACAAUGUUUUUCUCGCCCUGCUCCUGGACGUCCCGUUUGGUAUCUACCGCACUUUGGCGUGAUUAAUCCAAAUAAACCCAAUAAAUUGCGAACGGUACACGACGCGGCUGCAAAAUCUCACGGCAAGUCAUUAAACUCUUUGUUAUUGACUGGCCCUGAUCUUUUGCAACCUUUGCUGGGUGUUCUGAUGCGUUUUCGUGAGGGUGCCAUCGCUUUAAAUGCUGACAUUCGUGAAAUGUUUCCGCAGAUCAAAAUUAUUGAAAGAGAUAGAGACGCGCAAAGGUUUUUGUGGCGAGAUACCCCGGGUGAACCGAUUAGAACGUACCGCAUGUCAUCCAUGAUUUUUGGCGCCGCGUCGAGCCCAUUUACUGCCAUACACAUAAAAAAUAAAAAUGCUUUAGAAUGGCAGGAAACUUACCCUGACGCGGCUCGAGUAAUCAUCGACGACCAUUACAUGGACGAUUGCAUUACUAGCUUAGACGACGUCGGCAAGGCUGCCAAGCUGGCAGCCGAUAUUUACACCGUACACGCUCACGCCGGUUUUGAAAUGCGCGGCUGGACGUCGAAUAACCCUAGUGCGCUUUCGUUGUUACCUAAAGAAUCAUUGCUUGAGGUCCCUCACUCUAAUAAUGUUGACGUUGAAUUAGGUCGUCUGGCUACGCCGGUUCGCACGCUAGGUCUUAUCUGGCAACCCGGAAACGACCUGAUUGGUUUUAAUACUGGUAUUAGGAAAGAUACCGCGUUGCCAGAGAAGCUAACAAAGCGAGAGGUUCUAAUGCACGUAAUGAGAAUUUAUGACCCGCUAGGGAUCCUUGCACCAAUCGUCGUUCGUGGUCGUAUUAUGUUUCAAGACGCUUGGCGCAAGGGUUUGAACUGGGACCAAGAGCUUUCUCAAUGUGAUAGCGCCGCGUGGAAGUUAUGGUUUCAAGACCUGAUCUCCACUUCCAGUUUACGGAUACCACGCCGCUAUAACUUGAGCGAUCUCGAGGUAGUAGAGUGCCAAUUGCACGUGUUUUCGGAUGCAAGUGAGUCCGCAUUCGCCGCUGUGGCCUAUUGGCGCUUUCUUUAUGUAAAUGGCGAUGUAGGGCUCUCCCUCAUCUGCAGUAAAGCCCGCGUGUCCCCAAUUAGGCCUGUCUCCAUUCCUCGUUUAGAACUUCAAGGUGCUCUAAUGGCCGCGCGUCUUGCCACGUCGAUAUGCGAAUCCCAUCGACUGAAGCCAAUGAGACGUGUUUUCUGGUGCGACUCAAUGACUGCGCUGGGUUGGCUUCGCAGUGAUGCGCGCACCCUUAAACCCUUUGUAUCUCAUAGAGUUGGCGAGAUACUGGAGCUUACUAACAUCAGCGAGUGGCAUUGGGUGCCGAGCGACCUAAACGUAGCCGAUGAUGCCACACGUGUCAAACGUUUUGUGCUCUCUCCAGAAUCUCGCUGGAUCUCAGGGCCUACCUUUCUCUUUUCCUCGGACUGGCCCGCUGAACCUCAAAUUGAUGUCAGCGGACUAGGCCGCGAAGAGUAUAAAAAUAUCAUUCAUCUUAUCACCGAGACUGAUCUGCCCGCACCAGUCUCUGCGGAUCCAAGUCGAUUCAGCUCAUGGCUGAGAAUGGUGCGAGCAACGGCAAAAGCGCAUCAAUUCAUAUCACUAUUGCGAAUGCGUAGUAUAAGAAGACGAGACGUUAACUUCAAUCUUCCUCGUCUUGAAGGACUCUUAUGUUCCUUCCAUCCAAGUUGCACAUCCUCUCCUGGUACCUCUAAUCCCCCUAACAUCCUACCAAGAAUAACCACGACCGAUUUACGCCUUGCCGAGCGCCAUAUUUUGCGGCAAAGCCAACUGGAUUCCUUCAAAGAGGAUAUUUUGCGGAUAAAAAAUCGAGACCCGUUGCCACGAAGCAGCCGCCUUUUCACACUGUCCCCCUUCAUAGAUGACAACGAACAACUUCGAAUGUCCAGUCGUAUAGUCGCAGCACCAGGCGUCACCGAUGAAGUUAAACGACCGCUGAUUUUAGACGGGAAACAUCCAGCAGUACGCCUACUAAUAGCCAGAUAUCAUCAAAAAGCUGGUCAUGCGAACAAAGAAAAAGUCUUGAACGACCUCCACCAAAGAUUUUGGAUUUUAGGCCUUAGAAAUGCUGUCCGUGUAGUGGCCCAUGACUGCCAGUUUUGCAAACUUCACCGUGCCAGAACUUUCCAACCACCGAUGGGAGAUCUACCGGAGGCUCGUUUGGCUCAUCAUCAAAGACCGUUCUCUUUCGUCGGCCUGGACUACUUUGGACCCAUACUUGUUUCGGUUGGUCGAAGAAGGGAGAAGCGCUACGUUGCCCUAUUUACGUGCCUCGUCAUCCGCGCCGUACAUCUUGAAGUGGUACACAGUUUAUCGACGGACGCAGCCAUAAUGUGUCUACGCCGUUUUAUUUCUCGUCGAGGAACACCACAUGAGAUCUGGUCAGACAACGGAACAGCCUUUGUUGGGGCAAACAGGGAGUUACGAGCUCUUUACGGUGACUCUGUUGAAGAUUUUGCCGCCAACGAAUCAAUCAAUUGGCGGUUCAUUCCUCCCGCAGCACCUUUUAUGGGUGGGGCGUGGGAGCGGUUAGUUCGCAGUGUUAAAGAAGCUUUAAAAGUGACCCUCAGAGAACAGGCUCCCUCAGACGAAGUUUUAAGCACACUAUUGGCGGAGGCUGAAGCCCUAGUAAAUACGCGUCCGCUUACGCAUGUGUCGCUUGAUCCCGAAGCUGAAGAGGCUCUAACACCGGCCCACUUCAUACUCACAUCUCCACCUGGCCGCCCCAUACCCGCUACCGUGACCGAGGCGGAUCUCCUUAGUCCAAGCAAGUGGCGCAAGGCGGUGAGACUGGCUGACCAUUUCUGGCAGCGCUGGGUAAAGGAAUACCUGCCCUACUUGGCGCCACGUACGGGGGGAGGGUCGCCGCCUAAUGUCGCAGUAGGCGAUAUUGUGAUAGUUUGCGAUCCUAACCUACCAAGAGGCUCGUGGCCCAAGGGUCGCGUUACCGCCCUUUACCCUGGUAGAGACGGGAUAACAAGAGUGGCGGAUGUUGUUACCGCCGUUGGCGUGUUGCGCAGACCCCUGAGAAAACUAGCGAAGGUCCUCGUCUCUCUCUAA